ACUGGCUGGCUGAGAGAGAUAGCUUAUAUAACACCAGCUCUGGGAAAUGUUGGAGAGUCGAGGAGACCUUCACUGGACAGUAAGCGGGGAAAACAGCGAUCAUAACGGCUAUAAACUGAUAAGUGAUCGCGCGAUACAAUGAUACCGAGUGUCCCCGUCCACGGCUGAAGUUUUCCCCCAAGGAUCAUCCUGGAGCUGGUGACCACGGACUUGGAUAUUAAAUCCCUCUCAGUUGUGACACAUCCAUCGUUCCGAUGCUGCUAUUGGAAAAUGAUGGACCAACACACAAUGUCUAUGACACUACCAGAUGCUGCAGGUCUUUCCAAAAUUAUGAAGUUGUAAGUAGGUUACAGAUCUUCUCACUCCUUAUUCAUGAAAUGACCUUUCACUGAGGUGAGAGACAGUAAGCAGGAUGCUGGCGCCCCACUACAGACUGCACUGCUUCUUGAAGCGGGCUCAGAUGCUGCUGCUCUGCCUGGGCAUCGCAUAUCUGAUGGCAGGCAGCAUCCUGCUCCUACAGCGCUCCAGCAUCAGAGUAGCUCAGCCAAACCUCGCCAGCCUGCCGCCUCUGCUGUCCCUCGCAGCACCUCCUACCGCCCUCAGGAAUGCAGGCUUGGGCAUAAGGGCACGCUCCAGAUGGGCCGCCAUUCAGCCUGUGUCCGGAGGGGGAGCCAAGGCAGGGCGACACUGGCCUGCGUCCCAAAGCCUGGGGGUCCAACACUUGCAUCUCCGCUGGUUUCACAGUCUGCUGCCAGACAGCCCAGAGCAGAGAGUCUCUCUCCACAGGAACAGCAGACAUAAAGGAACCUACAUGGGCUGCUUUCUGCACAAUGCCAGCGAUCGAGCCCUGGGAGGAACCAUGCUUUAUGACCUGCGCAAAAUGACCAGUUCUCUGUGUCAAGACACCUGCUCAGAAAGUGGGUACCAAUUUGCAGGUCUGGAGUAUGGAGCUGAAUGCCACUGCGGAAACCGGAUCAGUAGCCCACGGGCUCCUGAGGAGGAUUGUAGUCUGGUGUGUCGGGGUGAGAGGGGGUCUCCCUGUGGAGGUGUGGGCCGACUCUCCAUUUAUAAGGUGGAGGAGCAGCUGCCAGGUCACAGAAAAUUCAGAAAUGUACACUACCGCGGUUGCUUCAAGUUGCAGAAGAGCACCAUCAGCACCUUCCCCAUCUACUCCUUUCAGCCCAACCUGACCACACAGUCCUGCAUUGAGAUCUGCACAGAUAAGGAGCUCACGCUGGCUGUGUUCAGGAAGCCCCACUGUUUCUGUACGUGGACGUCCUCUCUCUUCAGUCUCAACCAGCAGUGUGUGGGGGACACUGGGCUGAAUCACACCAGCAACUCCACCCCCACAGCGGCCUCUGAACACGACCACUACCAGGUGUAUCACACACCUGUGCUUGACUCCAGGUGCAAAGAGAGGAUGUUUCUGCCUCAGAGAACCAGCUCCCUGGUGGCUCUUUCUAGUUUUCCUGGUGCAGGCAACACCUGGGUACGACACCUGAUUGAGCUCGUGACUGGCUACUACACUGGCAGCUUCUAUUUUGACGGCACACUGUACAACAGAGGUUUCAAAGGAGAGAAGGACUACUGGAAGAGUGGUCGCAGCAUAAGUGUAAAGACCCACGAGAGCGGUCAGAAAGAGAUUGAGAUGUUCGAUUCUGCCAUCCUGCUGAUUCGAAACCCUUACCACUCCCUCGUGGCUGAAUUCAACCGCAAGUGUGCUGGACAUUUAGGACACGCCACAGAUGCACAGUGGAAAAGCAAAGAAUGGCCAGAAUUUGUUUCCAGUUACGCACCCUGGUGGGCGUCCCACGCUCUGAGCUGGCUGAAGUUUGGACGUCGUCUGCUGGUGGUGCAUUAUGAGGAGCUGCAGAAUGCUCUUCUUCCUCAGCUCAGUCACAUAACAGCCUUUUUAAACGUUUCUAUGACUGAGGAGAGGCUGCUUUGUGCCCAGAGCAACCAGGAUGGGCAUUUCAAACGUUCGGGGGCCCAGCGGCCCUCUUUUGACCCAUUCACUCCGGACAUGAGACAGAUGAUUGAUCCCUUCAUUAACACUGUUGACCAGGCACUGCAGAGCAGAAACUUUAGCGGACUUCCUCAGGAAUACCUUCCCAGAUGAUGAUCUGAAAAGGUCAUAUACUUAGUCCUUUAAAUGACUGCUCCAGAUGGGUGUUGCGAUAGAUAAGUUCUUCCUCGACUGCUUUGUGGGGAACAUGCACACACUGGCUAAUGUAAAUGGACCAUCUGGCUCUUUGAUAAGACAGACGCACUGUGAAUGGCUGUAGAGUUCUUUAAAACACACUGGAGGUCACUGGAGGAAACAUGACAAUUCAUUAUGAAAGCUGAUGGUAAUCAGUAAUGAAAGCUUCAGGGCCAGGACUGCCUCUCUGAGAGCUGCAAAUAUGAUGAAUACUCAGAGAGGAUUUGAGAUGAUUUGUUGACCUGCAGAGUUGGGAUUAUCUAGCAAAGUGCACAACUAUGUGUGGGUAAAUCCAAGAUGGACUCAUUUGGGUUUAAAUUCGUUUUCUGUGGCUCUUUAUAAUUUAACUUUAGUACAUAUAUAUGUUUGUGAGACAGUCUUGCUCUCACCCAGAUAAAAUGACGAAAGGAGAAGGAGGUUUGAUAAAUAAGAAAUUAUUUAAUGGUGCCGCACUUUAGCCUUUCCAGGCAAAACAAAAACACCACGCUUUGCCGCAUACGUCCCUCCUCCAGGUCCAAGCGUACCGGAAGAGACCAGAACCAGGUUACCACAACGCUUAUAUGGUGUGACUGAUUAUCUGAUUCCGUCCAGCUGUCUGAUCUCCACUCCUCGACUCACCCCCUGAGCGCGAGAGAAAGUCAGAUACCAACAAGUGAUCUGAACAUUGGCAUCCUUCAUGCACUGUAGCCACUGGAGCUGGGCAUGGUCCAACUAGAGACUGAAAGAGCAUUCCAUGCGGUAAUAAAACAGGGCGGUUGACCCUCUUCACCUCCUGGGACAAAACUGCCCCUUGUCUUGUCUUCAAGACAAAAGGAAGAGUUAGGAAAAUACAGGAGUGGCUUCCUACAGAGGGCUUGCUUAACUCUCCAGCUGACACAGCUCUGUCCACUGGACCAGUUCUGAGGCACCCUUUCGGGUAAGGUCUGUCAGUGGGCUGGUCAGCUCCGAAAACCCCGGAAUGAACAGAGUAGCCGGUCAGCCACAAAAACCUCCUGACUUCUUUAUUUGCCUUGGGCACGGGGCAGUCAGAAAUGGCACCUACCGCCCAAAUGGUACAACAGAUAUCGAACCUCCCUCCGCCCAACCGCUCACUUCCUCGGGUUGGCCAUGAGCCCCGCUCUCCUCAGGGACUCGAGCACUGCUCCCACCUGCUGCAUAUGCUGCUCCCACGUCUCACUGUGGAUGAUGAUAUUAUCCAAGUAGGCAGCAGCAUAUGCAGAGUGGGGACACAGAACCCGGUUCAUGAGCCGCUAAAAGGUGGCUGGGGCUCCAAAUAACCUGAACGAAAGAGUCACAAAUUGGUACAACCCGUAUGGACUGGAGAAGGCUUUUUUUUUUCCUCUCUAGAGAAUCUGCCAGUAGCAGAUUGGUUAAAUCCAGUGUCGUAUAACAAUGCCUUGGUCUGUCAAGAUCUCUUUUGGGAUCCCGACUCGGGCGAUAAUAUGUGAAUGUGAACCACCGCCCGGCCAAUAAAAUCGGGCCAUGAUCCAGUGUAGUGUUUUGUCAUACCCUAGAUGACCAGAUAUGGGGUUACGAUGGAAAUUACGGGUCAGCUUUGCCAUGCCCUCGAAAAUGUCCAGAUAUGCCUCCGGGUCGUACUCGGUAGUUAUCUUCUGCAUGGCGACAUGCGCCGGGCUGGUCACUGGUUCGCCCUCCCAAGUGGCCGGUCAUUUCAGCAGCUCCUGCAGGAGAGCAUGGCCCUCACGUUGAGAUGCUCUGUUGCCGUUGUAAGGUACUAUCCUGCAUUGCGGCCAGGAGAUGGAGCACCUGCCCCAGCCGGCUCAGUGAGGCUUCUCCCUCUGUCAUGUCCCAGUUCAGGCACCAAUGUGAGACAGACCUGCUCUCAUCCAGAUAAAAUGUUGAAAGGAGUAGGAGGUUUGAUAAAUAAGAACUGUUUUAAUGGUGCCUUUCCAGGCAAAAUAAAAACACCACGCUCCAAUAAGGUCUCUGCAAAAAUCCUCAGGCCGUUCUUUACCACACACGUCCCUUCUCCUGGUCCCAGCCUACUGCAAGAGACCAGAACCAGGUCACCGCCACAUAUAUAUAUAUUGUGUGACUGGCUACCUGAUUCCGUCCAGCUCUCUGAUCUCCAGCUGAGACACUCUAAUCUCUCCACCAGCAGCCAGCAUUGUAACAACACCUCACUGCACAGUGUUUUUAGCAUACACCCAUGUUAAUAAAAAAUAAAAGUCAAACUAACACAGAUGACAGCGACAGCAUUAGCGUUACCCAGAUUAUACUGAAUUUCUGUAGUAAUCCGUGAGUUGCUACAGGUUUGGAAAUGUUGAUAGAUAAAAGCCUUAAAGCUGCUACAUGUGGCUGAAAGGACUCUUCAUGUAACAAGUUAGUCUUUCCAUAGAUAUGUUGAUCAUAAUGAAACUGCUUUAAACUGUAAAAUCCAGCUGGUUCUAUAAGUAUUUUAUUUCAUUAAAUGCAUUUUUUUUAAUUGAUUAAAGUCAUUGAACUCGCA